UCUGUCUUUUUCAUCCAAGAAAUCUACAAAAUGGGCAAUCGCCAUAGUCAGUCUUACCAACUUUCAGAGGGCAGUCAGCAGGUACCCAAAGGGAAAACCCCAUCAACUUUACCAGUUCAGCCCCUGAACAAGCAGCCAGAGAGCCAACAACCAGUGAGCCAGCAACCAACCACUUCUUCAAGUCACCAAGGCUUUGAUGUUGCUCAAGAUGCCAAAAGGCUGUACAAGGCCUGCAAAAGGAUGGGAACUGAUGAAGCUGCCAUCAUUGAAGUCUUGUCAAGCAGAACAGCAGCCCAGAGACAGCAGAUAAAGGAGAAAUACAAGUCCAAGUAUGGCAAGGACCUGGAAAAUGUGCUGAAGAGUGAGCUCAGUGGGAAUUUUGAGACGACAGCCUUAGCCCUUCUGGAUCUCCCAAGUGAAUACAGUGCCAAACAGCUACAGAAGGCCAUGAAAGGCAUUGGGACUGAUGAAUCUUUGCUGAUCGAGAUUCUCUGCACCAGAACCAAUAAGGAAAUCAAAGCCAUAAAAGAGGCAUACCAAAGGCUAUUUAACAAGAGCCUUGAAUCUGAUGUCAAAGGUGACACAAGCGGAAACUUUGAAAAGAUUCUCAUGUCCCUGCUACAGGCUGACCGAGAUGAAGGAGACAAUGUUGAUAAAGAUCUAGCUGGUCAAGAUGCAAAAGAUCUCUAUGAGGCAGGGGAAGGUCGUUGGGGAACAGAUGAACUGGCUUUCAAUGAGGUCCUGGCAAAGAGGAACUACAAGCAAUUGAGGGCCACCUUCCAAGCCUAUCAAGUUUUAAUCGGCAAGGAUAUUGAAGAGGCCAUUGAAGGAGAAACAUCUGGAGACUUGAAGAAGGCCUAUUUAACUCUAGUGAAAUGUGCCCGAGACUGUCCAGGCUACUUUGCUGAGCUCCUCUACAAGUCCAUGAAGGGAGCUGGGACCGAUGAAGAGACUUUAAUCCGAAUCAUUGUAACCAGGGCUGAGAUCGAUCUCCAGGCAGUGCAAGAAAAGUUCCAAGAGAAGUACCAAAAAUCUCUCGCAGACACCAUUCGCUCUGACACAUCUGGAGACUUCAGGAAGCUGCUAUUGGCUCUUCUACACUGAACCUCUCCUGAAGCAGCAAGAACGAGGAAACAACCACCUUCAUUACGGGCACUUUUCAAAUCCUGAUGAAAAAUAUGAGACAAGCAGGAGAGGCCAUCAAGGGUAUGAGUUUAUUUUCCAAGCCCUGUUUGCCACAGCCAUGCCAGCAGGCUCAUUUGAGGAUAUCAUUCUCACCAGCGCUGAAAUGUACCAGCAAAAAUGGUCUCGGCGCUUUUCCUCUCUUGCUCUUUUUUUUUCUUUUUUAACAUGUCACAGAAUGUUUACAGAGUACAACAGCAGAGUGCAAAACCAGAAGCUAACGAGAAGCUAUGUG